AAUUCAUAUAUAUGAGAUGAUGAUGAGUUGGUUUAAUUUGGCAGCAAACGAUUCAAUGGCGCCUUUGGUGCUAUAUCACUACCCCUGCCCCGAUGGCGCCUUUGGUGCCUUGGCGGCCUACCUCUACUUCUCUCAUUCUCUGGCCUCCGCUCCUCCUCUCUUCUUCCCCAAUACCGUUUACUCUCCUAUCAGAGCUGAGAAUUUGCCCUUGAAUGAAAUUGAUACUGUUUACCUGCUGGAUUUUGUGGGGCCGCCAGGUUUCGUCGAGGAGCUCUCUCGAAAAGUUGGAAGGGUUGUAGUCCUGGACCAUCACAAGACUGCUCUCGAGAUGUUGGGUUCGGGGACAUUAACUAAUGGGAAUGUGACUACAGUGAUAGACAUGGACAGGAGUGGAGCUACAAUAGCUUAUGAUUAUUUCAAGGAGAAACUCUUGGGUGGAGAAAUCAACAGCGAUAUCAAUGGUGCUGUUGCUGAAUUCAGGAGAGUGAGGAGACUAUUUGAAUACAUUGAGGAUGGUGAUCUGUGGAGGUGGCGCCUUCCAAAUAGUAAAGCAUUUAGCAGUGGGUUGAAGGAUUUAAAUCUUGAAUUUGAUGUCACAUUAAAUCCCUCUAUGUUCCAACAGUUGCUCUCAUUAGAACUCGACUCAGUAAUAAGUCAAGGUGUGUCAAGCUUGGAAGACAAACAGAAAAAGAUAGAGAAGGUUCUCGAGCUGUCGUAUGAAAUAACUCUUGGUGGUGGUGCUUUUGGAAAUUGCCUGGCUGUCAAUGCGGAUUCGAUCCAGGAGCUAAGGAGUGAGCUUGGGAAUCAGUUAGCUCUUAAAAGCCUCAAAAUGAACAGGAGGGGAAUUGGAGCUGUUGUAUACAGAGUUCCUGAGCUUGGGAAUGACUCACUGUUGAAAAUUAGCCUAAGGAGUGUUGGUGACGUGGACACUACAUCCAUAUCACAGAAAUAUGGAGGUGGUGGGCACAGGAAUGCCAGUUCGUUCAUGAUAGAUAAUGCCAGAUUUCAAACAUGGAAGGUCUCUUAACAACUCAAUCUAGGAGGCCCCCCUCAAGUAGAUUGAAAUUGGUCAUUACAAUCCUGAUGAAGCUUUCUGUCCGAACACAGAGGAUAAGGAAGAGAGAGAGAGAGAGAGAGAGAGAGGAUGAUUUCUAAGUUUCUAACUCAUGACAUAAACAUCUGUUCUUUAAGUUAUAAAUGUCAACAAUUUAUGAAGUAUUGUCAUUUCCUUCUAGGGUCAACAAAA